UGUCGAGCAGCUCAGCAUGAAUUAGAAAAGGAUUCCGGGGACAAGUUUAUUGCCCAGAAACUAGAUGAACAAUGUUUCGGCCUUAGAAACAGUUCUCGGGGAAUCGCCUUCCACAACGGAGUUCACCGAAUUGAUAAUACCGUUUCCGUGCCUGAGUCCUGGGCUAGAUUUAGCAAUGACAACAUCCAGAGGUCCCAGAGCGAAAGGGCCGCCUCCAAGGCAAUGAGGAACGAGAUCGAAAGCGUGCUCAACUCUUGUGCCAACGAGAUGUGGCAGGAAUGGAACGCCGUCAAUGUGGCAUUGAACCAGAGGAUGCAGGAAACCACAGAUGCCAGAAACAGACUCCAGACUCAUCUAUCAAAGGUUCUGCAAGAGAUCUUCGAUAUGGAGAAGAACAUUGAACUGUUGAAGAAGGCAAUUCAGGAUAAACAGGCACCAAUGCAGGUAGCUCAAACUCGUCUGGAUACCAGGAUACGCAGACCCAACGUCGAACUGUGUCGCGAUCCAGUUCAACACAGAUUGGUUGAGGAAGUUGGUGAAAUCUCAGAAACCGUCGAGUCCUUACAAGCUAAGCUACGUAUGGCCGAGAACUCCCUUCAGGAAUUGCUCCGUACCAAGGCCAGCUUAGAACAGGAUCUUUCUAUUAAGAACAACAGUUUAUUCAUCGACAGGGAAAAAUGUUUGGGCAUGCGCAAGACCUUCCCAAUGUCACCCCGAAUUGUCUCUGUUUAAAAAAUGUCAUGCUGACUCACCAUGAAUCAAACUGUUAAAGAAUAAGGAAAACUGAAAAACGAUGAUCGUAAUUAUUUUAAUUUGAAAAUGAGUAUUUGCAGCCACUCUACCACAGUACAAUAAUUACAUAUCAGUAUUAAAUAUAAUUUUUUUUACAGAUUAGGCUGUGAUACUGUAUUUUCGCCAUUUCGCAUUUCGUUAACUAGUUUUUUUUUUUUUAGAGUUUACACAUUGUUAUAUGUUAAAACUUGCUCUAAGUCAUUGAAUGCUUUUGAAGAGCAUGAAAAUUAUGUGUCUAUUUAUAUCACCCACUCAGUAUUGUAUUGUGUGCAAAGGAAAUUUUUUUAUAAAAAAAAAUAUUGCUAUUAUAACUUAACAUUCCGUCCAAGUGGACUUUUAUGAAUUGUAUAUAUAUACUUUAACUGUGAUAUAAGUCGGUGUCCUUUAACCUGAAAAAGACGUUUAUUUAAGGUCUAAAAUUCAUUGUUUUUUUGUGAUAUUAUUUAAAACAAAAACUUUAAUUCCAUUGAAACAACCAUAGGAAUAAAGUGAGCGCAUGCGCUCUCCUAGAAACCGCACCGUGUGUACACGUAUUAUUGUUAUCAUAGUGCUAUCAUGCUAUUUAUAUUGCUAUAUUGCCAUCAUUCUUCUCUUAAUAUUGUUUUGCUCAAAUGUGAUUUUGUAUGGUUGGACACUUUGAAAUAAAGUGAAUGCAGUGUG